GGUGAUUAAACACGGAAGAAUGCACAUGUUUCAACAAUAAGUAUAAUAAGUUUCAUGGUUGAAAAAACAUUCAUGUUAACACAUGACCGGCCGGCAUUUUAUUCCAGAUCACAUGUUGUGCUUCUCUCGAGAUUUUUCCAUGCGGAUAUAGGAUAUUUAGUCUAGUGAGUUCAGAUCUAUAACUAUGGAUCGGUACAAUAAAGGGAGUGCAUUGCCGCUCUAUCAGGCCGCUGCGCCGGUAAGAAAACCACCAAACUUUGGUUUAGGGCUUAGCUCUCAGUUCCAGAUAUCCGGGUACAUGAUGCUGGCUUCGCUCUGUUUUUGGAUAUUCAUGUUCUUCAUGGCCUUCAAGGGUUUCCAGUACGGAACAUUGUACAUGACUUUUGACGACGAGAGUCUAGAAACUGUCGGAUGCUGCAGUAAUUUCGGCGGAACAAUGCAAGAUAAUCUUAAUUUCAUGGAAACGUACGCGAAAGGCGAUGCAGGUCCGUAUUUGAUGAGACUAGGUCCAGAAACUUAUACCAGUGAGUUUAAAGGAACCCAGUCGCCCAAAGAACUUACAAAUAUCCCAACAGUUGUGACAGCAGUGUCCACGGCAGAUUUCUACCCUGUCCAGUCCUUAAUUCGUCAAUGGAAGGAAGUAAUCAAACCGGUGUUCAAAGAAGCCAAAUUCAUCAUAUACGACAUAGGACUGUACAGUAAAGAACUAGAGCUGAUUAAGGAACACUGUGGCUGCGAAGUACGAGAAUUUAGAACCAGUGCUUAUCCCAAACAUGUAGCCGACAUUUCUACUUUCGCAUAUAGACCUGUCAUCAUCCAGACAAUGAUCGAAGAAUUUGGCUCUGCCUUAUGGAUGAAUCCAGACAUGUUGUUCACCCAAGCGUCUGACCUUAAACAGUUGAUGUACAGAGGAACACGGGAUUUCUUCCUGUGGCAACCAAAGGAGUUUAUUGGAUCCAUCGCUUAUACCGACAUGAAAAUGUUUGAAUACUUAAAGGAAACGAGGUGCUGCUACACUGAGGCAGGGUUGAUUGACGUCUCUACUAUGGUUUUUUAUAGAACUAAUACUACCUGGUCUACCAUAAUGAAACCAUGGUUGAAGUGUGCCUUGAACAGUGCAUGCAUCGCCCCACCUAAAUCUAGGUACAGCGGCUGCUUUGAAAUGCGCAGUCCAAAGACAACUGGUUGUCAUAGAUAUGACCAAUCAGCUUUAAGUAUUAUCUUAGAUAGGGUAUACCAGUUUUCAUUUAAAUCUGAGAAAUUUGUUAUUCCUAGAAUAUCGAGACAACAGGACGAGUAUCUGGAAUAUUUUCCUGAGCAACCAUGGACAUAUACAGAAAUGUUUUUCAUUAGUGCGGUGCCUUUAACGUGUGUAGGGGGAUUAGUUUUCUUGUUUUGGAGACGAAAACGAAAUACUACAAAAUCUUCUUACAGGAAAAGAUAACAAAAUAAAAAAUUAGUUAAAGGUACAGGGUAUAUCUUAAAUUCUUAAGAAGUAAUGCUUGCUCAAUUGAAUAACUCAUCUAAUUUCAGUUUUGAAUAAGCAGAUGAAAUUAAACAUCCCUUACAUUGUGAUAUUCGAAGUUUUUAAGGAACCAUUUCCUUUUUUUUGCACAGAAUACGAUUUUAAGUGAUGAUAGAUCUAAUACAAUGUAUAAAUGCUAUAAUAAAUAGCUCAAAACCUCAGCUGUGAAGUGUGGCAAGGUUGAUUUUAAGCAUGCAUUUUGUACUUCUUUUGAAAUAAGUAAUUGAUCAGCUGUGAUGAUGGAACAUUUUGACAAGUAUGUUCGGAUUGUGUCAAAAAUUCGGAUGUUGAAUAGAAAGAAAAGUGACAGAGUUAAGGGACAAAAAAGGUGUCGAAAUUAAAUAUUUAUACAAGAAUAUGUUCAAGGAAAACAUUUAUCAAAAUUUAGUAUCUGCAUAAGAAUAUAAUUAUGUUGAAGCAGUCAAUUUAGAAGAGUGGAAAUUUAACAUUUGUACAAUAAUGUAUAUUUAAGGACAACUGAGGAGAGGGCAUUGAAUACCAGGACAGCAGAUCUGUCAAAAUUUGAUAGAUGCAAAAAAAAAGAUAUGCAGUUUACAUUUUAAGUUUAUAACAUGGUAUAAUCUGCAUAUUAAAGACAAAUAUCUAGUAAUUUCAUUUUAAACAUACUUUUACCUGGCACGAGACAUUAAAAUUUGUAAAUUUUGUUACAUCAGGGUGUUCACUUUGGCAAAAGCCUUAAAUUAUUUUGAUUGCAUUUUCAAAAUUUAGAGCACUGAAUUUUUUAUAAACACUUCUGAAAAUUCUCCACCUCUGAUAUAUGAUGAGAAUUUGGCACUUACUUGUGGAGAACAGGUCAGUACUGGUACAGAAUCUAAUUAAGUAAACUGAAAGCCGUUACAGAACUGAACUAGUGUUGAAAAACGGCAUGAAACCCAAAACAAAAAAGGUUCAAAACCACACAUAUUUACCUGCCAAGAGAGGCUGAGGGUAACUAUCAGGCAAUUUUUGGCUUGACUUAUUAAAUUCAAAGAAUAGUCUAGCUAUUCUACUCACCCUAGCAUCGGUGUUGCAUUACACCUUGGUUAAAGUUUUGCAUACAUAUGGCUAUCAUUUUAUGGCAUAUAGCUUUAAAACUUUAUCUUUUUCUAGGUCAAUUACCAACCUCAAUGGGUCAAGACCCAUAAAUCUGACAUGUAUUUUGGCUAAAUUAUGCCCCCUUUUGGACAUAUAAAAUUCUGGUUAAAGUUUUAAAUGCGAGUUACUAUCUCCAAAACUAAUGCAGAUAUUGAAUGGAAACUUCAUGUCUUCAGGGUUAUAAAACUAUGUGAUAGCACCAAGUCCCAUCACUCUGACAUGCAUUUUGGCCAAAUUAUGUCCUCUUCUGGACUUAGAACACCAAACUCUGACAUGCAUUUUGGCCAAGUUAUGUCCUCUUUUGGACUUAGAAAAUCCUGGUUAAAGUUUUGUGCGCAAGUACAUAUGACUAUCAUUUAAAGGCAUAUCUUUGAAACUUAUUUUUUCUUUUUCUAGGUCAAUUACCUACCUCAGUCAGUGGGUCAAGUCCCAUAACUGACAUUUAUUUUGGGGCAAAUUAGCCCCCUUUUGGACUUAGAAAAUUCUGGUUAAAGUUUUGCAUGCAAGUUGUUAUCUCUACAACAAAUGCAGAUAUUAAAUUGAAACUUCACAUGUGUCUUCGGGGUUAUAAAACUAGAUGAUUGCAUCAAAUCCAA